GAGUGCUGGGAAAGGCUCCUUCGCUUGGGAAGUUGCGCCAGCACGCUCGACAUUACAGCUACGAUGAUAAAGUCAGUACGACCCACCUCAAUGCUCUCCCGGAUAUGCCAGUCUCACCGCCCCCCUCGCCGCCGCCACUUUCACUCCGCAACCCCAAACAACCCCUCGUCAUGGACUUUCACCCGCCAAGAUGAGUUGACACGUAUCAUCGACUCUCAAACACCAGGGUAGGCCCUCAUCUCAGACCCCCCCACUAAUCACAUGCAUCCCAAUGACUAUUGCUUCCGUAGUAUAGACUAUCUCCUCCUAGACGUCCGCGAGCCCUGGGACUACACCAAAUCCCACAUCACAACCGCGGUUAAUGCCCCGUACCCUCUCCUCGUCUCCAUGCCACCCCCUAUCGUAAUCGCUAAACUCGUCGAUGUCAACUCUCGCGCCGUGAAAUCAUCACAUUCGGGAGGUGACGUGAAUCGGGAGGAUGAUAAAGCGGUAUUGGCGAGGAGACUGAUUUUUCAUUGUACCCUCUCGCUUGUACGGGGUCCGACGGCGGCGGUGAAGGUUCGGUGGGCUUUGGAUACGGUGCUAAGGGAUCGGGCAAGGAGGGAGGAGGUUGGGUUAGGUGCAGGGGUUGAGAUUCCAGAGAUCAGUGUGUUGGAUGGGGGAUUUGUGGGGUGGAGUAGGCGGUAUGGCAAAGGUGGGGAGGAGGAGAGGAGGUAUUUGGUGGGGAACGCGUAGGGUGCGCCACAUUUGCGAUCAGUAAGAAUGGCGCUAACGGCGACGCCUCCAUCAUGCGCACUUCC